GGUGCCUCCCGCACUCGCCUUGCUGCGGCAAACACCGCUGGAGUGUUGUAGUGUAACGUCGUGGCUUCCGACUAGCUCGUCUCUUCGUGCAUUGGUGAGGUGCUUUUGCAUUUGCAUUGUCGUGCCCGCCAGCUGAGCGAAGCGAAGCGGCACAGCAAACGUAACCAGUGAUAAGCUGGAAGGACUCGAAGCCUAUUCGUAGAUUCGUACGUAGAGAUAUGUCUCGAUGGAGGCGCGAUCGAUUGAUCGAUACCCUCUGUCUUUCACAAAGCCAGGCUGGCGCCGAUGGGAUGCCUCUCCACUGCGUCUCUCGCCGUGGGCUCAUUUCCAACCAGCUCACAGACUUUCUUCAUUCUUCCGGAGCGGCUCCCUCCCACAUGCCAGUGGGUAAUACUUUCACACGCGACAGUGCACGGCCAAUGCCGAGAGGGAUCCCCGGAUUGGAAUACCUCCCUCAGAGUCGGACAGUCAGCUUGCCACCGGCAUCCCCCCGCCACUGUCAUAUUGCCUGCUCAGAGUCUGAGAUUGGAUAUCGACAGGGCAGCAUGGAUCGGGUGUCUUUGUGCCGACACGGCCAACUCUAGGUAUUCCUGAGAGACCUCGAUCGACAUUGCGAGUGAGACACGGCCUGC